CCCUAUCAACCAGUCACCGAUUCAACAAUGCCGCUGCUCAGGCGGCAGGCGCUUGAGAAGACGUCCACGGGAGAACGGCUUCGGGAUAGCGACGAGGUGCUGUUCUGCCAGCAGACCGGAGAAAUAUUCAGCAACUAUGAGGACUACUUUCAUCGCAUCAUGCUCAUCUCUUCGAUGGUGUGGAGCUGUGCGAUGACGGGCCGACCCAAUUUAACCUACUCCGAAGCGCUCGAAUCGGAAAAGGCUGCCCGGAAGCUACUGAAAACGUUUCCCGCCGCGGUGAAGGGACCGUUUCUGUUGGUGGCAUCGUACACCCAGCGUACGUCUAUCAACGAAAUGGUCGAGGACGUGUACGGGUUCGUGAAGGAUCAAAUCUUCAAAGGGGAAAGGGUCGAAGCGAUGGAUUUGACGCACAAAGCGUUCCGUCGUGCGAUCAUCACGCAUGCGGUGGUGGACAAUUCACCCGGUGCCCCGAUUUAUUACCGCGUGGUAGCCGACGACAAUUUGUUGCCGAGGGUGUGGAACGUAACAUCCGGCAGUGUGAAGCGAGAGCGCAGUUCGCUAACGCGCGACAAAUCCAAACUUUUCUUAAAGCAACACGUUGAAGCGGGCGGCCCCGGUGGCCAGCUACGCAUCAAGGCGGACUCGCUGGCCAAGUUCGUUACCGGCGAAGGUUGGACUGCCGAAGAUGUAUUUAUGGGACGGGCGCCAAAUUUUGAGCAAUCGAAACGGUUAAAGAAAGUUAUCGAGCGCACGGACGCUGGUGGCGCUAGCAAGCCGGUGAAGAAAAAUGCAUCAAAACCCACCACUAAAACGACAACAGCGGACGGCGAAAAACAACUUCCGGAGGCUAGUAAGAAGCCGAAAAAAGUGAAAAAACAACCGACAAAGAAUGUAGAGAAAGCAGGCCGGAGUAAGGUGAGAGGUUCAAAAAAGCAGCAAAAGUCAAACACAGGCAAUCAGCAAAGCAUCGAAAAGUAUGUGGAUAAAACGAGCAGACCUGCGACCGUUGAUAUGAAAAAGAUGGCCGAAGAAACGGCACUUCAGAAGCUAAAGCAGGAACAGGAAGCGUUGGCGAAGAAGCGGCUGGAGGAAGAAAAGGCACUCCUGCUGCAACAGAUAGCACUCGCUGUGAAGAGGUACAAUGCCGUGCUGGAAGACCAAGAACUGACAGAUCAGCGCCCAAUGCCACCGGUGCGCGCGGCACGGCCACUGAUCACGUCCAAGUACUUUGGCAACUUUGUGUUCAUACUGGAAUUUCUCAACUCCUAUUCCGACCUGCUUACCAUACGGAGCAAAAUGUCCGGUGGGCUAACGAUGCAACUGCUGGAGCGUGCACUCAUUAUGCGUGAGGUGAAUGGGCCGUUGAGCGACAUUUUUCAGGUGCUGUUGAGCGCCAUCUUUACCCAGCAGCUGGAGGAAGAGAACGAGGUGGACUUUGGGUACGAUCGUAUCGAGAAUCUCGCCCACAAACGGCAAACAGUGCCGGAACAGGUACGGGCCCUCGACACAAUUCUCUGGUGCGAGAAGCACUACAGUACCAAGCUGAGCGAAAUGCCGAUCGAUUCGAUGACGGUGUCGGAGCUACUGCGACUGCACUUCCUUGCGUCCGGUGCACUGGUGGAGGAUAAAGCUGCCAAACAUCGGUACUACCAUCGGAGUGGAUACAGCAGUGCGGAUGAUCCGGGUUUGCGGUUCGUGCGGGACUAUCCGCACAUACUACGGGCACUUAAUUCACACUCCGUCUACCAACUGCCGAGCGCUGACAUUAUACAGAUCCUUUGCUGUCUCAUUCACCAGCUGCUCACGUACAGUGGUGUGCGGGAGUUGAUCGAGGAGCGUGUAGAGCGAGCCCGUACCGCACGGUACAACUACCAAAUGAAUCGGUACGCCCAGCGUCGGCUGAUUGCAAAAACUAGUACGCAGAAAAAUCAAGCCCGCGACGACAUGAAGCGUGAGCUGGCCGCAUUUGAGGGUGAUGAUGCGGUGGCCCGGGAAGAGCACCGGAAGAAGUUGCAGGAACGGCUGGAGGAGCAGUGUGCCCGGUUGGAGGCGGAGUCGCAGCGUGCGAUGAAGGUACUGCAGGUGGAAUCGGAACGACUGAAGGAAGAUUUCUUCGACUAUCAGAUCUAUCUCGGGAUGGACCGAUGCUUCCGCAACUAUUGGCUGUUUGAGUCACUGCCCGGACUUUUUGUGGAGCAUGAUCGGACGUAUGCGGGCAGCUGCCUGGAGCGACCCACACCGAACAUUCCCGGCCUAGCGCAGUGUGCGGUGGACCAACGUAAGAAGUACAUUACAAAAGCCAUUAUGCGGUGUGCCGGUUCGGAUGGGAUCGCUGGACUUCUGGAUGUUAAAGCGAUCGAGCAGGGAAAUGGGAACGGUGGCGAAGAAGCGGGUGGACGGGUGGUGGAGGAAAUGUACGAGCAGCUACUUAUGCUUGGCAGUUCGGAAUUGGAACGGGAGGCGACGACGUCCAAUGAGCGGUCUAAUUCCGAGGGACCACGAACGGAUAAUGAAAGGACGCCACGCUGGCCGAUCGAGCAGGAUCAGCUAUUCAUGUGCACUGCCCAACCGGACGAUUGUGUGGUGCAUACGGAAAAACACCCUCAAACCGUUUGCUGGGGUUAUUACGCGUCGGCAGAAGAAUUGGACGCAUUAAUCCGCAGCCUAAACGUUCGUGGCGUCCGGGAAAAGCAGCUCCGGGAAGUGCUCGAGUGCGAGCGUGAUCUGAUCCUAACGCACAUCGAAAAGUGUCCCACCGACAAGCUGUCGGUCGAUGCGAGCAAUCGGGCGGCCAUUUUGUCUGACAUUGCUGGUCGCAAUCAUAAACGGUACGAUGCGCCCAACUUUAAUUGCGAACCGGGCACAGAGCCGAACGAAAUACUGGAGACGGUUUUGGUGGAGCAUUUGCUCGAACUGGAGGCGAAAAUUACUGUUGGGUAUUUGGGCGUGAUGCGGGUGCGGGAUCGAGAUGCGUGGCGUAACGCGCUGGAAAAUCGGUCGUACGAUCCACAGACGAUUAAGCCGCUCCAGUGGGGCCCGAAACGGCUUGACAAGCAGCAGGAUGAAAAACCGGAUAAGGAAGGGAUUAAGCAAGAGUACAACAGCAAGCUGAGUGAGGAGGACGAUGAUGACGAGGAACAGACGGUAUCGGCGGAUGGGUUCAAUCCGGGUCAUUGUCUACCGGACACAACCAUCUCCCUGAUGGAUGAAACAUUGGACACAGAAGAGUUGGCAUACCCGCUGCACGAAUCGGAAACAUUGCGCCAGCGGGUCCGUGAGUUGGCCUCCGCCUUGCUCCAGGUGGCCCAGUGUAUCGAUCAUAAGUUUCUGCGCCAUCCGUUUGGACGGAAAAAGGAGCACAAAGACCGUGCGGUAAAGCAGCACGAGGGGUUGAAGAAUUUGGUCAAGUGGGAGGUGUCGCUGAUGCAGUCAACCAGUUACGCCCAAGUGUUUCUGCACUACAACGUACUGUACGAUGCGAUCCAUUGGUCACGGUCGGCGGAGCGUAUCUGUUGCAUGAUUUGCCGCCGAAAGGGUGAUCCGGAGCUAACGUUGCUCUGCGAUGAGUGUCACCGGGCCUCCCACACGUACUGUUUGAAGCCGAAGCUGAAGGAGGUGCCUGCGGGCGAUUGGUACUGUAUGCGGUGCCGACCGGAAAAUUUCAAGGUAAAGCGUGCGGCUACGAAGAAGAAAAUAUUUAAAUGGGACGAAGAAGAGGAGGAAGAGGAAGAGCAAGAUGAUGAAAUCAAGCAAGAUGAAGUGGAAGACGAAGAGGAGGAGGAGGUGGAGGAAGAACAGCCGGACGAUGAAGAGAUGGAGGUGGAUCUGGAUGUUGAGAAAGUGGAGAAGGGCGCAGCGGAAGAAAAGGAGAAGUCUGGGUCGCUUUCCGGUGCUAGUGGAAAUGAGGAUGAGGAAGAGGAGGAGGAUGAUGAAGAAGACGAAGAUGAAGAUGAAGAGGAGGAGGAUGAAGACGAUGAUAGCGACGAGGAGUAUGGCACCAGAAGACGGAAGCCACAACCGGUCGCCAAGCCAAAAUCGAAGUCCAAUAAUACCAAACCGGGCAUUGUAGUGGUGAAGGGUGGCCGUAGUAUCCGUAAUGCGGCAGCCACGAACGGUGCCCCCUAUCGUUACGACGCUAACGACGACGACGAUGAUGACGAGGAGGAGGAUAAAAACGGCGACUCUGAUGAUCGAAGGAAGCAGCGUGGCUUAGUCUUUCCCAACGAAGCAGUACACAAGCGGCGUUCGGCAAGUGCCAAACUGCAGCGCACCAAUACAGCGACGAGUAGUGGUACGAGUAAGCGCAAGCGGACGCGCACUACCUCCCAAGAGCCAGCCACCAACGCCAGCAAACGGCCACGCCGGAAAGGGCUCAAGAAUGGAGAGACGCUGAAGGUGAAGGGAAGCGUAUCGCCGGCUAUCAGUGACGAUGACAUGAUGACGGCCAAGAAAACACGCGUCAGUGCCCGCACGACGAAGGGACAACGUCGCUCCUCAGUUUACAUUGCCGGUGAUGAGGACAUUGGUGAUGACGAGGAAGAGCUGAUAGUGUCGCGCAUGAAGCAGCAGGGCACGGCAGCUGUCCGACGGUCACGCCGUACCGGAAUUGAUUUGCCGCUCAACUCGGUCGCCCUCUAUACACUGAUCGACGAUAUCCUGAAGCAUCCGAACUCGUGGCCGUUCAAUCGGCCCGUGUCGGCGAGGGAAGUGCCGGAUUAUUAUGCGGUCAUCAGGAACCCGAUGGACUUUGCGCGGAUCAAGUCGAAGCUGAACAUGGGCGACUACAAAAUCAACGAACAAAUGCUGGCAGAUGUGCAGCUGGUGUUCCGGAACUGUGAUCUCUAUAAUACAGACGAGACGGUCGUGUAUCGAGUUGGCCGCGAGCUGGAGCAGUAUGUGAUGAAACGGUGCAAAGAACUGUCGCUUCCGUUCCAACCCAGUGAUAUGCAGCGGUCCGGCGGCACACAUUCGAACGUUCCACUUGCAUCCAAACCGGUCAACGGAGUUGGUGGGCUGCAGGCAAAAUAG